AUGAGCGGACUGAAGAGUAACGAGUCAAUGGAGAAGGCCGUAGCUGCUGCGGACGUGAACAUAGAGACACUCGAGAAAAAGGUGGCUGUUCUAUCCCCUUUCUCAGUCGAAAAUUGGCCCGCUGCACGCAUUCGAAAGACGUUUAUUGAGUUUUUCCAGAACCAGAAGGAACUGCCGCAUACAUUUUACAAGUCAUGCCCUGUUGUUCCACUCGAUGACCCAACGUUGUUAUUUAUCAACGCUGGUAUGAACCAGUAUAAACCGAUUUUUUUGGGUCAAGUAGAUCCAUCACAUCCCAUGGCAAAGCUUGUACGCGCUUGUAACUCACAAAAAUGUAUUCGCGCCGGCGGUAAACAUAAUGAUUUGGAUGAUGUUGGCAAAGAUGUGUAUCAUCACACAUUUUUUGAGAUGCUUGGAAAUUGGAGCUUUGGGAACUAUUUCAAAAAGGAGGCUGUCCACUUAAGUUAUACUCUAUUGACGGAAGUUUAUGGCAUUGAUCAAAGUCGUCUUUACGCUACCUACUUUGGCGGUGAUGAUAAGCAGGGUCUUCCGUCGGAUGAAGAAACUCGUCAAAUUUGGCUUAACUAUUUGCCGGCUGAGCGUGUAUUGCCUUUUGGCUGCAAAGACAAUUUCUGGGAAAUGGGUGACGUGGGUCCGUGUGGUCCGUGUACUGAAAUUCAUUACGAUCGUAUUGGUAAUCGUGACGCCUCCAAGCUUGUAAAUGCUGACAUGCCAGAUGUUAUUGAGAUCUGGAAUAAUGUCUUUAUUCAGUUUAAUCGUGAACAAGACGGUAAACUCGUGCCAUUGCCGCAUAAACACGUUGAUACUGGUAUGGGCUUUGAACGCUUAGCUUCGAUAUUACAGGGUAAAAAUUCAAACUAUGACACUGACGUGUUUACAUCGCUCUUUGACGCUAUUCAAAAGUCAACUGCUGCAGCUCCGUAUACUGGAAAGCUUGGUAAGGAAGAUCCUGACAAGAAAGACAUGGCUUAUCGUGUCGUAGCGGACCACAUUCGUACAUUGACAUUCGCUAUCACAGACGGAGCCGUUCCUAGUAAUGACGGCCGCGGCUAUGUAUUGCGUCGUAUAUUGCGUCGUGCUGUACGCUACGGUCAACAGUUUUUGAAUGCGCCGAGCGGUUUCCUCGCGGAGCUUGUACCUGUUGUUGUUACAAUGCUGGGCGAAGCAUUUCCAGAGCUGGUUCAGAAGCAGAAAGAGGUGGAGGAGAUUAUCCUAGACGAAGAAAGAUCUUUUGGGCGCACUUUGAAUAAGGGCAUUGAGCGUUUUAAAAAGAUCGCGCAAAACAUUCGUGAGACCAAUGGGGUAGUGGUGCCUGGUGAAGACGCAUUCUUUCUGUAUGAUUCCAUGGGAUUUCCAAUUGAUUUGACGGAGAUUAUGGCGGAAGAAGAAGGAAUGACUGUGGAUAUUAACGGCUAUGAGGCGUGUAUGCGUCUUCAGACUGAACGUUCGAAAAUGGACCGCAAGAAGGGUGGAAGCAACGGUGCUCGCCCGUUGGUGUUAGAAGCUCGCGAGACUAGUACACUUGCUAGCAAACAAGUCACGGCCACAAAUGACAUGGCAAAGUACGAGUGGAACGUGAAGCCAUCGGCGAAAGUGGUUGCUAUCUUUACCACCACAGAAUCAAGCUCGGAUUUUGUUGACGAGGUAACGACCGGUGACUUUGAGCGUGUUGGUGUUAUCUUGGACAAAACCUCGUUUUACGCUCAAGCUGGAGGUCAGAUCUAUGACACUGGUUUGCUCAGUGCAGCUAAUUUCAAGCUGGAUGUGGAUGCUGUUGAAUCGUAUGCUGGAUACGUGAUGCAUAUGGGCCAAAUUACGUCGGGUUCGAUAAAGGUUGGAGACAUUGUGGAGUGCCGGGUGGACUACAUUCGUCGUGCCAAGAUUGCCCCAAACCACACGAUGACACACGCUCUCAAUUUUGCGCUACGGCAAGUGUUGGGCGUGGUCGUAGACCAGCGUGGAUCGCUUGUAGACGAAUCGCGUCUGCGCUUUGACUUUACGACUAAUAAGCCACUGAAGUCUGACCAGCUAGCAGAGAUAGAGAAAAUUUGCGAUAAAAUAAUCAAGCAACAGCUCGAGGUAUAUACGCAGGAAGUGGCUCAAGCAGAGGCCAAGCAUAUUAAUGGCUUACGCGCCGUGUUUGGCGAAACGUACCCGGACUUUGUUCGAGUUGUCUCUAUUGGCCAACCCAUUACUCCGAUGCUUGAAGACCCAGAAAACAGCAACUGGAGCAACUACUCUAUAGAGUUUUGUGGUGGCACUCAUUUAAGUAAUACGAAGGAAGCUAAAAAGUUCGUUCUUUACGAAGAAGGUGCCAUUGCUAAGGGAAUCCGUCGUGUGUCCGCCUACACGUGCGACUUGGCCAUAGAGGCGGAAGAGCGUGGCGCUAAGCUUCAGGCUGAGAUAGAUGCGAUCAAAUUGCUCAAUGGUUAUGAGUUUAUCGAAAGCGUAUCGGCGUUCAAACCUGUCCUUGAUCAGGCAUUGAUUUCGCUGCCGUUAAAAGACACGCUUCGAAAGCAAAUGGAUAGUCUCGUUGAACGUGUAAAGAAGAUCAAGAGAGAGGCUGCAGCUGCUCGAGCAGCAAAUGGUGUCCGAGAUGCUGUCGCUGAGGCCACCAAGGCUAAAGAGGCUGGUAAAGAGAUUGUCGUCGUAAAGUUUGAUGUUGGCACGGACUCGCGGCUUGGUCGUGAGAUGCUAGAUGCCAUGAGCAAAAUUAUCCCCAAUGGCAGCUUUAUGAUCUUCAGCACUGAUCCAGACGCGAACAAGACGGCGGCAUUCACACAGGUGAGCCAGCAGCAUGUGGAUACCAAACAAUUGGAUGCUCGCAAGUGGGUGAAUCACGCGAUGUUAGGGAUGAAGGGCAAGGGGGGAGGCAAAGACGCUUUGAAUGCGACGGGUCAGGCGAAAACCGUUGAGAACGUCGAUGAGGCAGUAUCACUUGCUAAGGCAUUCGUUCAGUAA